AUGCGUUGGGUGCUGGUUAGUGCAGCAGUUAGUUGGGCGGAGCGGCGUGUCUUCGGCGACGACUUGGAGGUCGUGGCGCUGGAAUUGGACGCAGAGGAUUUAUUCCCGCAAAUACAGGAUGGGCUCGAAAUUGCGACCCCCGUUGUGGUUGAGGGCAUGGCCCUCACGCAGCUGCCCUUCCCCAUUGCGCCCGAUGAUGACGAAUGGGUAUGGCGUUCCGGCUUCCACGUCGGGCAGCCAGAGUUGGACACAAAGUCAGACGCACACGCAAAGUCGGACGCACACACGGGGGGGUGGAUGGACGGGCAAUUUAAGGAGCAGGAGGCGACCGUGAAGGUGGGACAGUCGGUAGUGGUACGGCUACCGGUGACGCAUGGUCCGAAGCGUGAGUAUUUAUGGAAGUUGAAUGCCACGUAUGACGAAGAUACAUUUUUGUUGAACCGCGAGCAUUUGGAAGCUAAUCGAUUUGCGUCGAGUGCGAGUCUGCAGUUUAUUUUGGAGAACUCCGGUUAUGUCGCACCUCGAACAGCGGAAGAAAGCGCUUACCAGCAACUUGUAUUCAAAGGUAUCCAACCUGGUAUAGCAAAGCUACCAUUUCUUUACAACCGUCCAUGGUACAAUGAUCUGCAGCCAGGUGGUGCUGCUACGUUUGUGACUGUGCGCGUAUUGCCCAGGAGACGUGCUCCCAUCCACCCAGUUACUAAGACAUCGUUCACUGUCUAUAAAGGUCAACACCUUGAAAUCAAACUUGGUAACUCACCAACGCAACAGUACAACCUAUGGAAAUUGAUGGAAAUCUUCGACACACGAACUGGACAUAUUCUUCCUGGACCGGAGAAACCCUCUCUCCUCGAAUUCAUCUUUAGCGAAUCCGGUUAUGUACCCCCCGUUUUACCCGAAGCCGCACAUUUCAACAACACCGAACACUAUUCGGGACACAGAAAGGAAACACCACCGGCUAAGGACGGACAGGGACACGCCCACAACGACAAAGAGAAGCGCGUCGCCAACAAAGACGCACAUGCCAAACCUGUUGCCGACUCGGACAGGACGCACACACAAGAGCCGGACACACAGGGUUUGGAUGCAGACACACCCGGCUCGAAACCGAGCCCGGCGCAAAAACACGCCGAAGAACAGCCCGUGGGACAAAGCGGGGGCAGCGGCCGCGGUGCGUCGCCGGUGAUUCGGAGCGCGGGCUACCAAAAGUUCACCGUCUUCGCGCGAGCGCCCGGCAGACAAGUCCUCCACUUCGCCUUCCUCAAACCGUGGCUCCCCGACGACCAACCGGACCGGACCACGGCCAUCAUCGACGUGGUGAUUCUGGACAGACAGAGACCCGGACGCCACCGAUCUUAA